UCAAAAUGUUAAGGUUGUGUGCUGUGUUAGUGUUUGUUUGGUAAAUUUUAUUUUGUGAUAUUACAACUAUACAACGAUGAAAAUAACAUUAUGAAAUAAUUAGUGUUGCUCACCACGCUUAUUCAUAAACUGUGUAAAUCUUACGAUCAACCAUUUUCCUUAAAAAUUGUAUUGAAUCAUAAGCUACAAUUGUUAUCUUUUGCAGCUAGGCCUAGUUAAAACAAAUCACCAACAUGAAUACUAAAGUGUUUAAAACUCAAAUUCCUACAACAACAGACUCUAAUAUAGUUAAAAUUGCUGUUGAAAUGGCUGAUCAGAACCCACAAUUAAAGGGAUUCAACCAAACUCAACCUUUAUCGGCUAUAAUUCAAGAUCUGUGCAAUGGCUGGAAUCUCUCUGACUCAGAACAGUACGCUCUCCAGUUUUCUGAGCCUAACAAUUCAAACUAUGUUACUGAGAAAAACCGAAAUGAAGUGAAAAAUGGGUCUGUUCUAAGAUUAGCUCAUUCUCCAUCAAAAACAGCUCAUGAUAUUUUACAGAAACUGAACACUGGAAGUAACGAUGAGAAAGUUUCUGCUCUACAAAAAUUGGCAAGUUUGAGCACAGACAUAACAUUUGCAUUAGAGUUCAUCAAUAAACAAGGAUUGGGAUUUAUAAUUCAACUUAUUGAAAACGGCAAGUGUGUUGGCGGUAUGCUUGCUUAUUCCCUGCUAUCUUUUGUUGAGUUGAUGGAGCAUGGCAUUGUAUCUUGGGAUAUUCUCGAGGUUCCAUUUAUCAACACUGUUGCCAGUUAUGUAAAUAACCAGUCAAGUACAGCACAAGAUGCUAAAGUAGUCCAGGCCUCCCUUUCUAUUUUAGAGAACAUUGUCCUUAACAGCUCCGGAAAAUAUGGCCAAGUUGAAAAGGAAGUCACAUUUCCAAACCUAGUCAUGCACCUUCAAAGUCAAAACCAAGCAAUUCAACUAAAUGCGAUUGCAUUAAUAAAUGCUCUAUUCUUAAAAGCAGAUCCUGCCAAGAGAAAAGCUAUUUCUGGAACUUUGUCUUCCAAACAAGUUCGAAAUGUCAUAUGGAGUAAUAUCAUUCAAUCUUCCUCAGGGCAGGUUGGAACAGAAAUGGCUCACCAGCUGUAUGUCCUUCAAACAUUGUCUUUGGGGCUCUUAGAGCAAAGGAUGAAUACAAAAAUGGACCCUCAGGACCAAGACGCUCAUGACAAAAUCAAGGAGCUACGUCGCAUAGCGUUUGACUCUGACGGGGCCAAUGCAACAGACGGGGGCGCUCGACGGCAACACGGAGGUUUUGCUAAGGAUUACAAGAAACUGGGCUUCAAGUGUGAUAUCAACCCAGCGCUGGACUUUACCGAGGCCCCGCCUGGCAUGCUGGCACUGGAUUGUAUGAUAUACUUUGCCCGCAGCCACACAGAGAGUUACACCAAGGUAGUGUUAGAGAACUCUUGUCGGGCGGAUGAGCAUGAGUGCCCGUUUGGCCGGACGAGCAUUGAGUUGGUGAAGCUGCUCUGUGAGAUCCUGCACAUAGGGGAGCCUCCAAGUGAACAAGGACAGAAUUAUCAUCCGAUGUUCUUCACCCACGAUCGCCCCUUUGAGGAGUUCUUCUGCAUCUGCAUAGUGCUACUGAACAAGACGUGGAAAGAGAUGAGGGCUACUACUGAGGACUUUAUCAAGGUUUUCAGCGUGGUAAAAGAGCAGAUCACGAGAGCGUUGGCCGCUCAGCCCGUGGAACUUUCCAUGUUCAAAGCACGGCUACAGCUGCUGACGUACGCAGAGAUCACCAACCUGUGGCAGCAAGAACGAACGUCGCGCGAGGAGUGGGAGAGUCAUGCGCGACCUGUCACGCAGCUCAAGGAGAUGAUCACGCCAGAGAUUAUGGAACUGAUACAACAACAGCGUCUCGGCUUCCUGGUGGAGGGAACGAGGUUUACCAAGUACUCCAAUAGAGGGCAGAGGAUAAAAGACAAGUUCUGGUAUGUGCGACUGUCACCAAACCACAAGGUGUUUCACUACGGCGACUGUGAUGAGAAGUCUCAACCUUCACUGGAGGAGUUGCCCAACAAACUGGCAGUGGUUGACAUCAAGGCUCUGGUCACAGGCAAAGAGUGCCCUCACAUGAAGGAUGUCAGAGGCCGGAAGACCACUUAUCAUCUAGCAUUCUCACUAACCUUGGACUCUGUGGAUGUCACUUCUCUGGAUUUUGUAGCCCCAGAUGAAGAAGUGUUUGACUAUUGGACUGACGGAAUCAACGCUCUGUUAGGCAACAAGAUGACAAGUAAGGAGACGGAGAACGACCUUGGGAUCCUCUUAUCUAUGGAGAUCAAACUGCGACUGUUGGACGCUGAAGGGGUCGAUAUUCCACAAGAGCCACCUCCAAUACCUGACGACCCUCCCAACUACGACUUUUGCUACGAGCUCAAAUAACCUAGUCAUUAAGAUAAGUAGUGAUAAGGCCUGAAUAGUGAUGACGAGGGGACCCGUUUGCUAAUUGCGCAUUUUAAUAAGUUUCUAUUCCGAGGCAAAGGAAAAAAUGUAAUACCCUUUUACUUUCAAAGAUUAUGUUUUUUUGAGACGGUUAUGAAUAAACCAAUCUGGUGAAUAAACCAAUUAAUUUACAAUAAAGUAAAUUGUUGCUUUUAGAUCUACAAUAUGAAAUUUAAAAGUGAUGUCUCUAUCAGGUUACAGUUAUGUUAUAAAGAAGAACCUAAUCCAUUUUCAAAUGCUGUUAGGUCUCUUGUUUAAUAUCUGACUGUGGUUAAACAUUCAACUGAAUGAUCAGCUGUUCACAUUUAAAUUCACAUCCGAACCGUUAAAAAAAGUUAGUCAGCAUCGCUGAAUCUUUAAAAAAAAUUCUCUCUAAAUUUUCUCUAAAAAAAAUAAAAAAAUAAGAGGUAAGCCUUAAAGGAAAUGAUGUUUUUAGUUGUCAUUUGUCAUUUCGCUAGACCUUAAGUUAUACAAUGCCACCUCAAUCGUAAAAAUUGGUUAAGUAGGACAGCUUAAAAGGAGAUGUAAGCGAGUAAACCCUUAUUGUGUAUAUAGAUGGAUAGAUCCUCGAAUACGCUCUCCGCUAAAUCGGGUAUUCAAGUGAUUCUUAAGGUGACAGAAAAUAAAUGAGGGCUGAAAUUACUGUAUAACCAUGUGAUGAACUAUAUUUUACGUCACACUGCAUUAUUAUGUAGGCUAACCAAUUUAUUAAACAAAUAUAUAUAUAUAUAUUUGUGUACUGUAAAAAAAACAGUUCAGAAUUCAUGCAGACCAUGGUUUUAACAUAUUUUGUGUUAUGAUUAACCCAGAUACUCACAUAGAAAUCAGUCCAUAGGAAUAUUUUACUCACUUGUCCAAGUUAUGCCAUUGAAUUUUUACUAUAAAUUAAUAAUUUUGAAUUAAAAUGGUGUCAUAAGUAUGACAGAUUAAGUAGAGGGGAGCCUUGAGAGAAUGGUUUUAGUUGUAAAACAUUAUUUAUAAAAAACUCAAAAUAUUUUAUACACAUUGUAAGGAACUUGCUAUUGCUACCAUUCAUAACAGAUCUAGGAAUUUCAAGAAUCUAUUUUUGUUGUUAGUAUAAGUUAGUAUUUAAGGAACUGAACUUGUAUUUUAGACAUUUAUGCAUUAAGUAUUUAUUAAUAGGCCUUUGGCAUUUUUUACUGAUACAAUAGAUCUGAUCUGUUACUACCAAAGAAGUAUUUUUAAUAUACAUAAAUUUAGAACUAUUGAAUCUAUAUUGUUUUGUAAUGAUUUUACCGUUUGUGUUCGAGUCUAAUGGUUAUGGUUGUAAUUUGUUGUAUUUAAGUUACGUUUUAAAACUAAAACAAUCAUUCCUGAAUAUUUUAACUUAAUAUAUUUUUUAACUGUUUUGAACUCUCAAACUGUUUUAAAUAUUUUAACUUUUAACAAAGUUCUCUAUGUAUGUUUUAUUUUAACAGUUUAUAUUUAAAUAAAUUUUAUGAUAUCUCUGUUUAUAAUCACAUCCAAUUAUUUUGCAUUGAUUGUUAUUUAUUUUAUUGUCGUUAUUUUAGGUGAUAACUAAACAGUAUAAGGUAAUACCAUAGAUUAAACAUACUUCCUUAGUAGAUUUCUCAUCCUUAUGGAACAGCUGAAGACAAUUUAAUCGUUAGUUCUGUACGGUUUAUGUAGAGGUUGUGUUUUGUUUACUAUUUGUUUCCCGUUAUUACAGUAAUUUAAAACCUCGUUUAACCAAAUAAUACGAUCUAAUCAUAAACAAUGAAUUUUCCCCUUUUUAUAUAACCAAACAGUGAAGCACAAAUCAAGAAAUUAACCCUAAAAUAAUAUAAACAAAAUUUUGUUGACACUAGUGCCCAGUGACACCGUACAUGAACUAGACCUGAAAAACGUGCUUCAAAAUUUACAAUGGGAUGAGAAGUCUACUUGUGUUGGUUAGUCAAUGGUAAUACAUCUAAGUAAGUAGCAUACCUAUUGUAUUUAUUUGAAUAACAAUUAUUUUAGGAUUUCAAGGCACAAUUAUUAUUUUUAUUUGCGCACAAUCAUGUUAAUUACAGUAUAAUCAUAAUAGUUACCUUCCUAACUAACCUCUGUAAUAAUUAGUACACUUAUUUAUACAAUGAUAAUUGAAAGUAUGAUGUUUAACUAGCUUAUUCGAAAGAUAUAAGAUUUUCUUGUCAUAUGGAUGAACCUUUCUUUUUAUAUUUUACCAGUUAGUAAACAAACUACUUUGUAAAGCAUUGUACCCGCAAAUCACUAGCUAUCACAGAAACUGGAUGUA